AGUAUUAUGCAAAGCUCGUCCAAACCCUCUGAUUUCCUUAACUUGGCUAAGAAAAAGAGGAAGUUCUCUGAGUGACUCACGACUGUGGUGCAACUAUGCUUUCUGACCCCGUCUUGGACUUCAUUUGGGAGAAUGUGGAGCCAUUUGAACAGGCUCCUUUUCUGGAGCAUAUUUUCUUCUGUCACAUGUAGAAAAGCUGUAUUGGACUGUGAGGCAAUGAAAACAAAUGAAUUCCCUUCUCCAUGUUUGGACUCAAAGACUAAUGUGGUUAUGAAGGGUCAAAAUGUAUCCAUGUUUUGUUCCCAUAAGAACAAAUCACUGCAGAUCACCUAUUCAUUGUUUCGACAUAAGACACACCUGGGAACCCAGGAUGGAAAAGGUGAACCUGCGAUUUUUAACCUAAGCAUCACAGAAGCCCAUGAAUCAGGCCCCUACAAAUGCAAAGCCCAAGUUACCAGCUGUUCAAAAUACAGUCGUGACUUCAGCUUCACAAUUGUAGACCCAGUGACUGCCCCAGUGCUGAACAUUAUGGUCAUGCAAAUAGAAACAGACCGACAUAUAACAUUACAUUGCCUCUCAGUCAAUGGCUCGCUGCCCAUCAAUUACACUUUCUUUGAAAAUCAUGUUGCCAUAUCACCAGCUAUUUCAAAGUACGACAGGGAGCCUGCUGAAUUUAACUUAACCAAGAAGAAUCCUGGAGAAGAGGAAGAGUAUAGGUGUGAAGCUAAAAACAGAUUGCCUAACUAUGCAACAUACAGUCAACCUGUCACCAUGCCCUCAACAGGCGGAGACAGCUGUCCUUUCUGUCUGAAGCUACUAUUUCCGGGGUUAUUACUGCUGCUGGUGGUGAUAAUCCUAAUUCUGGCUUUUUGGGUACUGCCCAAAUACAAAGCAAGAAAAGCUAUGAGAAAUAAUGUGCCCAGGGACUGUGGAGGCCCAGCCGUGGAAGUUGGAAUCUAUGCAAAUAUCCUUGAAAAACAAGCAAAGGAGGAAUCUGUGCCAGAAGUGGGAUCCAGGCCGUGUGUUUCCACAGCCCAAGAUGAGGCCGAACACUCCCAGGAGCUACAGUAUGCCACCCCUGUGUUCCAGGAGGUGGCACCAAGAGAGCAAGAAGCCUGUGAUUCUUAUAAAUCUGGAUAUGUCUAUUCUGAACUCAACUUCUGAAAUUUACAGAAAUAAACUACAUCUCAGGGAUUUAAAGGGGAGACCUGGCCAGAGGAAUGAUCAACAGUGGAUUUGUGAUGCCUGGAGCUCAUUUCCUUCUUUCUCCUUAACUGUCCUGGAAGGAAAUGGACUAGUGCCUUACCUCUGACUCUUCCGCAGCACACACCCACCACCAGAGACAGUAACUGAGAUCUGCAGUAGCACAGAAACUUACAGGUUAGAAAAAUUAGACACCUAAGGAUUUCAUGACUCCAGACCUGUUUCCUUAGCAUAAUACCACACCAGUAGGAGAAAUACAGCUUACGAAAUUUCUUUGUAAAUAAAUUCUAUAAAAUUUUGGGUAAAAAUUUAUCAUAAAAAAUUAUUAAAAGCAAUUGGGUUGGAAGGAAGUUCUGUCAAAAUACAAUCCAGGUGUGCAGUUCUCUGAUAAAUUUAGCAGUGGUUACUACUGAGGUAGUCUCAAAAAAAAGCAUAAGAGGGCUUUAAGGGGUGAUGAAAAUUUUCUACAUUGCCUUUGUGGAGAUGGUUAUACAUUUGUCAAUACUCAUCAAUUUGUAUAUUUAAAAGAGGUAAAUUUAUUGUAUGUAAAUUGUAUCUUAAUAAAACUGAUUAAAACAGACAUACAAACCCCA